AUGGAACAGAGUGGAAACCACUCCUCUGUGACUACGUUUGUCCUCCUGGGUCUCUCAGAUGAAAAAGAGCUACAGCUCAUCCUCUUUCCAAUAUUCCUAGGAAUCUACAUUGUGACCUUUGUCUGGAACCUGGAUCUCAUCCUCUUAAUCAGGAUGGACUUCCACCUGCACACACCCAUGUACUUUUUUCUCAGUUUCCUGUCAUUUAUAGACAUCUGCUAUUCUUCUUCAAUUAGCCCAAAGAUGCUUUCAGACUUCCUAAAAAGUGAAAAAACAAUUCCUUUCAUUGCCUGUGCCACUCAGUAUUUUGUUGGGGCCUGGAUGGCUCUGACUGAGUGCUGCCUCUUGGCCACCAUGGCCUACGACCGAUACGUUGCCAUUGGCAGGCCUCUGCAGUACUCAGCCAUCAUGGCUCCUGGCCUCUGUAGGAAGAUGGUUGCUGGGGCCUAUAUGAGUGGUUUCCUUAGCAGUUUAUUUGAAGCAGUCUCUUGCUUUCAUCUUUACUACUGUGGGCCAAACAUCAUUCAACAUUUCUUCUGUGACGUGCCUCAGAUCAUUACCUUGUCUUGCUCCGAUCCCUUCAUCUGCCAAACGUCUCUUCUUCUGGUGGCUAUUUUUGUUGGCUUUGGGUCUUUGCUUGUUAUUGUCUUAUCCUAUGGUUUCAUUGCUGCUUCCAUCCUGAAGAUAUCCUCGGGCAGAGGUAGUGCCAAGGCCUUCAAUACCUGUGCAGCCCACCUGGCAUCUGUGACACUCUUCUAUGGCACCGCCCUCUCUGUGUACAUGUGUCCCACAUCUGGUCACUCCAUGAAGCAAAACAAGGUGCUAUCAGUCUUUUAUGCCCUCAUAAUCCCCAUGUUAAACCCUCUGAUCUAUAGUCUGAGGAACAAGGAGAUCAAAUCAGCCUUCAAGAGGCUUAUAAAGAAGGCAACAAGCUUACCUCAGUAA